CGGCGGCGCAGCGGCCACGAUGAGCUCGGGCGACGCCGUGUGCACCGGCUGGCUUGUCAAGUCGCCCCCCGAGAGGAAGCUGCAGCGCUACGCUUGGCGAAAGCGCUGGUUUGUCCUCCGGCGGGGCCGCAUGAGUGGCAACCCUGAUGUCUUGGAGUACUACAGGAACAAGCAUUCCAGCAAGCCCAUCCGUGCAAUAGACCUGAGUGAGUGUGCAGUGUGGAAGCAUGUGGGCCCAGGCUUCGUCCGGAAAGAAUUUCAGAAUAACUUCGUGUUCAUUGUCAAGACCGCUGCGCGCACAUUCUACCUGGUGGCCAAGACUGAAGAGGAGAUGCAGGUGUGGGUGCAUAGCAUAAGCCAGGUCUGCAACCUCUGCCACCUGGAGGAUGGUGCAGCAGGUUCUGUGGAGAGCCUCUCUCACACGCCCUCCUCCCUGCAGCCUUCCCCUGCCAGCUCCCUCCACACCGCCCAGGCUGCCAGGGCCUCCUUGCCAAAAGAGGGCCGGAGUGCUAGGAGCUCAGGUACUGAGGAAACCCGGAGGGAGUCAGAGUUUCUCUUCCUUCCGGAUUAUCUGGUUCUGUCCAGCUGUGAGACCGGAAGACAGCAGCGUAGCAGUCUACCCACAAGAUGUGAUAGCUGGUCAAACUCGGAUCGCUCAUUGGAACAGACUUCAUUUGAUGACGUAUUUGUUGAAUGCCGGCAGUCAGUACCCUCCAGUCAUUUGAUGUACUCCUCAGGCCAGGGAAAUGGAUCUCAGGAGAUGCCUUCCAUGAAUGCCCAGGCCGUUCUGCUCAGGAGUAGAGAAAUCAACGGACCCUCCUGGGACCACUUGUCAUCUUCAUCAUCACUGGGAAAUGCCUUAAAUCCCACCAUUCAGGUAGAUGAAAACCAAGGCUCCUUGCCCUGUGGGAUAAAAGAACUAGACACGAUGUCCAACACUCCACCUCCCCGCCCCCCUAAGCCAAGCCAUCUCUCUGAACAGUUCCUGAGGAGUGGGCACAGCCGCAUCAAGAACCUAGAGUGUUCUGUGGUUCCAAGAAGAAUCUCCCUCUCUGGUUUAGAUACCAUGAGAAGCUGGAAAGCUGAUCUAGAAGGUCAAUCCUUACGACACCGAGACAAGAGACUCAGUUUAAAUUUGCCAUGCAGGUUCUAUCCGAUGAGCCCCACAGCUACAGCCAAUGCUGAAGCUAGUUAUGUGCCCAUGGGCCCUCAUGUCGCUGCCUCAGGCCUUGGACCGCACAGCAGCACUGAUGACUACAUCCCGAUGGGCUCAGGAAGCAUCUCAAGCCCACUGCCUGAGCUGCCUGUGGACCUGGAGCCUCCUCCAGUGAAUCGAGACCUCAAGCCUCAAAGGAAAUCACGGCCACCACCACUGGACCUGAGAAACCUCUCCACCAUCCGGGAGCAUGCGUCUCUCAGCAGGACACACACUGGGCCUUGCAAUCGAACCAGCUUUCUCUCUCCAGAAAGAAAUGGUAUUAAUUCUGCAAGAUUUUUUGCCAAUCCUGUUUCCAGAGAAGAGGAAGAAAGUUACAUCCAAAUGCAGGAGCAUAGACAAGCUCAGUCCCUGAGAAGUGGCGCUGCUAACUGGACCAAGCAGUUCAGCGUGGAUUAUUUAGCUCUGGACUUUAACUCAUCAGCAACAGCUACUGUACAGAAGAAACGUUUUCUUUCAGAAGAGCAAAGAGUAGACUACGUCCAAGUGGAUGAACAGAAGACACAAGCUCUCCAAAGCACUAAGCAAGAGUGGACUGAUGAGAGACAAUCCAAAGUGUGA